AUAAUAGUGAGAGGUUAUGAAGCUGUGGCAGUGGGUGACCCUGUGGGUGUGGAUGUGGAUGGCUGAGCUGGGGACCAUAGAAACAGCACCCAGAAGAGAUGGAACACAGGUCUCAGUACCAGGAGCCAGCUCCCAGCUCUUCAUAGACAGGCCUGAUUUCUUCGAUUAUCCAGACUCAGACAAAGCGAGCCUUCUUGCUGUGGCCCAGUUUAUUGGAGAGAAGCCUAUAACAUUUGUUAAGACAGGUUCCAGCCCUGGGCUCUUCCAGCACCUCCUGGUGGGGACAUUGGUGGUGGCCUUCUUCUUCCUGCUUUUCCAGUUCUGCAUGCAUGUGUGA